AUGAGGCCGCUUUUCUUCUGUCUGCUCUUAGCGCUGCGGCGCGUUGCAGCCGAUGAUGACGGAGAGUCCGAUUCCAACCCGAGAUGCAACACCAAUGUAAACAUUGCAUCCCAAGCCGAUGCAGACUCGAUCGCCUCCUGUCAAAGCAUCCGCGGUACUGUGACCAUAGACAACUCUGCAAGCGGGACUAUCAACCUCCACGGAGUCCAGACAAUCCAGGGCCCUCUCACGGCUGACGGAGCUUUGAACCUCAGUUCCUUGAUAGCGUCGGACCUGAAGACCAUCACUGGAACAUUGACCGUGGCGAACAAUGAUGCGCUCAAUCAAAUCUCAAUGUCCAACUUACAGACUGUGGGAGGAGACAUCAAAGUGGAGAACAAUCGGAAUCUGAAAGAUUUACCGUUGAGUGACCUGGAUGAGGUCAGAGGGGGCUUGACCGUCUCCGGUGAUUUCAAUCGGAUCUCACUCUCGAACCUUGACACAGUCCGAGGACCGACAACGAUCCAUAGCUCAGGCACCUUCAACUGCUCAAGUUUGGAUAGUCAACGGUCUGGAGACGACAGAGUAUUCCAAAGCUCGUACUCAUGCACGACCGGCAAAAGCAACCAUUCGUCCAGCAGUGAUGGACUCAGCACGGGUGCGAAGGCCGGAAUCGCCGUGGCAGUGGUGAUCGUCGUCCUGCUGAUUCUCUUCUUCCUUUGGCUGUUCAUCCGCCGACGGAAGCGCCAGCAGAAUCGACGGACAGAAAAGACAGUACCAGAGGUUGCCACGCCCCCAACACUAGCUCCCACCGGCCUCACAACCAACACAGAAAAGCCCACCUCAGAUUUCACGCCGCCCCAAGGGGACGUGGAGAGGAGUAUCCCCCGAAAACCACUGUCCCCACCACCAGCCGCAGACGCGAGAUCUUCGGUUCCAGCAUCCUUGCUCCCCGGAUCCGAGAGAAUGUCGGUUCCUGUAUCAUUACUUCCUGGGUCCGAUCCAUCAGUGUUCUCGGCUUCUGCGUCCAACCGAAGAGUCACAUCCGAUCCCACGCUAUUUUUACAUCAUAUCCCACCCCCAGCGCCACGACCUCCACAGCCAGAAAUGGAUGUUCCGAUGCUAGACAGCGGGAAUGUAUACGAGGUGGGGACCGGUCGAACAAGGCCGCAGACACCUGUAUAUGAGCUGGACGGAGGCGGAAUGAGCAAUCACCAGCAGCCUAUCCACCACGAAUAA